UGCAUCGGCAGCUACUGUUCCCAGGGAUUUUUUUUUAAAAAAAAAGAGGGAAAAAAAAAAUCCAAACCCUAACCUUAGAGGGAGAGCAAUGGCCGAGGGAGGUGCUCCGGCGGGCGGAGGAGCGUCGCUGAAGGACCAUGGCAACGAGUUCUUCAAGGCCGGGAACUAUCUGAAGGCCGCCGCCCUCUACACGCAGGCCAUCAAAUUGGAACCGAACAACCCCACCCUCUAUAGCAAUCGUGCUGCAGCAUUUCUGCACUUGGUCAAGCUCAAUAAAGCACUUUGUGAUGCUGAGAUGACAAUCACACUAAACCCCCAGUGGGAGAAGGGUUAUUUCAGGAGAGGAUGUGUUUUGGAAGCAAUGGAGCGCUAUGAUGAUGCGGUAGCUGCACUCCAGGUAGCCUUGCAGUACAAUCCACAGAGUGUAGAAAUAUCCAAAAAAAUUAAGAGGCUCACACAAUUAGCCAGAGAAAAGAAGAGGGCUGAAGAAGUAGAAAAUAUCCGAUCUAAUGUCGACAUGGGAAAAUAUUUGGAACCCUUGAAACUUGAAUUUUCUGCGAAAUUUGGGACUGCAGAACUGGGGCAAAAUAUCAUCUCUUUUCUUGUUGGUGUGAUGGAGUCAGCUAUUAAAGCUUGGCAUGAGACUGGGAAAGUAGAUCCGAGGGUGAAUUUUCUUCUUGACAAGCAGAAGACUCGGACUGAUAAAUAUGCUCCAGUGGUCAACAUUGAUAAGGCAUUUGAAUCUCCUCACACGCACAGCAGCUGUUUUACAUUUUUAAGGCAGUACACGGAAGAGUCUUUUUCUAGGGCAGCUUGCUUGGUAACACCCAAGAACAUUAUAUCCUACCCACAGGUUUGGAAAGGGCAGGGGUCAAGAAAGUGGAAGCUUGGGCACAGUGAUGGCUUUUUUGUGCAAUUUGAGUCCCCUGUAUUACGCAAAGUAUGGUUCGUUUCUAGUUCGACCGAAAAGGGCAGGAACUUGUGCAGGAACCCUGAAGCUUUGGAUAUCAGUGCCUAUGAGGUGUUUCCUCGUCUGUUUAAGGAGCCAAGUUCAGACAUCAGAUAAAGUUUUACUUGAGAGACAACAUCGAGCAUGCUGGCUCCCUGCCAUUUAUUGUUUCUUGGUGUGGUCUGUGGAUCACAUCAUCCCUCUGAUUAUUUCACUACCAAGAGUUUUCAUUGCCAUGCAAGGUGCUUCAGUUUUUGUAACGGUACUGUGUCAGUUUUGUUAGUUGAAGCUACAAAAGUUCUCUCCUCGAUGAUGUAUGACCAACCCUCAUCCUUUUCCUCCUUUCAUGCAUGUAUACUACUCAAAUGCUUGUCCAAACCGUAAUGCUUGAUGAUCACCAUUUUGUAUUGGUUUAUUUUGGAU